CCCGCCGACGACACAUUGAGCACACGCCACUGCCGCCUCUGCUGGCACAUUAUCCCUUCGACGCCAGCAUCUACAACUGCGACACAAGCGACACCGGCGACAGGAGCGGCGGAAAGCAGGAGAAACAACACCGCAAACCAGUUCUGCUAGGCAGUGACAAGGGCAGCAGCCGGGGCCGUAGCAAACGAACCACUACCAAAGGAGGAGGGGGAGGAGGAGGAGAAAGGAGGCCAGGCGACAAUCGGCACAACAACAGCUACCAUGGCGGGAGCAACAACGACAGAAACCACCAAUCCUCUCGAGCAGCUCGACGCGUCGCUGGAAGAGUUCGCGCGCUCGAUUGGCAACCCCAGCAACCGCCCGACCUUCGGCUACCCGCAGGCCAAGCCGGCCUUCCGGAGCGACGACACGGUGAGCGAGCCGGCGAGCGAUUCGGACUCGGAGGCUUCCGCCGGUGGCUACAGUCCGCCCGCCUGGAGGCGCCUCGGCAACGGCGACCGCAGCAGCGGCUUCUGGCGGAACGGUGACGACCUGCUGGCCGAGUACGACAAUGAUGACGACGACCAAGGCGGGCCCUCGAGGGAGAGCAGCCCCGAAUACGAGAGCGCCGACGAGGGCGACGAGAUACUCGCCCAGGCCAUGCGCACCAGGUUACCGACCGGCAGUCUGUCGCCGGAGAAGGAGAGGAGUCCGGAGCCCGAGUUCCAUCCGGCGCAGCAGCAUCUGACCGACGAGGUGGUGAACAUCAAGCAGGAAGAUGGGGUUGCUCAUGCUUUGAGCGGCCUGAAGAAGGAGGUAACAGACAAUUUCAUCCGCUUUGCCGUCCGGGCGGAAGUCCAGCAUCGAACCGAGCCCAUCGAGAUGGCCAUCAACUAUGUGCGCAGGAGAUUUCGCGCCAUCACCCGCUCCUGGACCUCCAUGUUCCUGUCCUUCAUCGUCGCGACCCUGGCGUAUGCGGCGCUACGGUGGCUUUCGCAGCCCGCUGCCAUGCGGCCGGUGCCUGACCUGGUCAAGGUCGCCGGCGUGGCCCGCUCGCUCGAGCCGCUGAUCUACUACUCCGAGAACGGGAUCCAGCAGGUUGGCGACCUGCAGGCGACGGGCGUGGCAGUGUGGGAUCUCGGCGAGAGCGUCCGGAGCAGCAACCUAACGUCGGCUCCCAUCAUCGUCAAGGAGCUCGACGAGCUCAGCGACAGCCUCAAGACGCUGGCCAUCGAACUUACCAAGUUCUUUGCCAACGUCGACGGGGAUAUCGACGGCAUUCUCAUCGUCAUGGACUGGGCCCGCCGCGAGCUCUCCCAAGUCCAGCAACUGCCACCGCUCCCGCUCUCGUCCGCCUUCGACAACAUCCACAACCUGCUCUCCAACGUCGGGAUCCUCGAGAACCCGCUCACCGGCCAGCCGACCCGCCUCGGCCGCCUGGCCACCUCGCUCUUCGGCCAGUCCACGCCGCAGCGCACCAAGCAGACGCUCCAGCGCACGUUCAACGAGUUCCUGACCGUGCUCGAGGAGGCCGUCUCGUCGGAGCUGCAGCACUCGCUGGCGCUGUUCGCCCUGUUCGAGGCGAUCGACCACCAGUUCCUCAACCUGGCGCGGACGGUCAUCCGCGAGGCGUCGCUGCAGGACGAGGCGCACGCGGACCUGCUCUCGUCGCUCUGGACGCGCAUCCUGGGGCCGCGCGCCUCCGAGGUGGCCAAGUACGAGCGCAACCGGCGGCUGCUGCUCAACGUGCGCGAGAAGACGGUCCGGCACAAGGGCCUGCUCGUCGAGCACAACCACAAGCUGCUCGCCCUCAAGGCCAACCUCGAGGCCCUCCGCCGCAAGCUCGUCUCCCCGCUCGUCCGCUCCGUCAACAGCAGCACCCUCGCCCUCGCCGAGCAGAUCCGCGGCCUCGAGGACGUCGGCAUGUACCUCGAGGGCGUCCGCAUGCGCCAGAAGGGCAAGCUGCUCGAGAUCCUGUACGGCAGCGGCAGCGGCAGCGGUAGCGCGAGCGCGAACGCGAGGCCGGCUGUCGAGGGCGGGGAUGAGGCUGGUGGCGGUCACGGGGGACUGUUCAUUGCCGGCGGGAUGGGAGGAGGCAGAUAAGGUUAUCCCGUUGUGUGUAACGCUUUGUGGUUUCUUUGCGGCAAGGGCUUGGUUUCUUGGGGUGGCGUUUGUUCGCUUUUCUUUUUUUUCUUUCAUUUUUUCUUUCCCCUCUCUCUUUUUUCUCCCUUUCUCUCUCUCUCUUUU